GUAAAGGUGCAGGAGGAGGGAGGUAAGUGCAUAAAAGGACAGUGCUGUAGUGAGUCUUCAGUAACAGCAGAUAUGAGAUCAGGCAGGAGGAUGUGCAGGACUCAGCUCUGGCUGUUGGCCUUUCUGGGCUUUUCUUCUCUGGCAAUUCUUGCUGAUGGAUCCCCAUUGGAGGUGAUGUCUGCCCCCAAUGUGUUGCGGGUAGGAACACCAGAAAACAUCUUUGUGGAGUGUCAAGACUGCCCUGAUGGUAAUGACAUCACGGUUGAAAUCAUUGUAAUGGACCACCCAACUAAACACAAAAGACUGGCAUCCACAUCUGUGACGCUCACCAGUGCAAAACAAUUCCAGGACUUUGGACAAAUUAAGAUCCCUCCUCGAGAGUUCAGUAGGGAUCCCAACAUGAAGCAGUAUGUGUACCUGCAAGCUCAGUUCCCUGACCGACUGCUGGAGAAAGUUGUCUUAGUGUCCUUUCAGUCUGGGUACAUCUUCAUCCAGACUGACAAGACCCUCUACACUCCUGACAGCAAAGUUCGUUACAGGAUGUUUGCAGUGAUGCCCCACAUGGAGCCUGUAGAGAGGGAUGUAGAAACCCAGACUGAUGCUGUUAUUGUCAUUGAGAUUGUGACCCCUGAGGACAUAACCUUUCCAGUUAAUGUUGUUUCUUUAAGAAGGGGGAUCCACCAUGAAGAGUACCAUCUUGGUGAAAACGCCAGCCCCGGACUGUGGAAGGUGGUGACGAGGUUCCAUAGCAACCCACAGCAGAGCUUCUCUGCAGAGUUCGAGGUCAAAGAAUACGUGCUGCCCAGUUUUGAGGUGAAACUGACGUCUGUGAGCCCCUUCUUCUACGUGGACAGUGAAGAGCUCACUGUCAACAUCAAAGCUACGUAUCUGUUUGGUGAGGAGGUGGAUGGGACAGCCUACGUGGUAUUUGGAGUCAUACAAGACGGUCAAAAGAAGAGUUUUGCAAGUUCUCUUCAGAAGGUUCAGAUCAAUAGAGGUUAUGGUGAGACCAAGCUGAUGAGAGGGCACAUCACACAGACCUUCACAAACAUCCGCGACCUGGUGGGGAGUCCCAUAUAUGUAGCUGUCACUGUGCUCACAGAGAGUGGUGGUGAAAUGGUAGAGGCAGAGUUGAGAGGAAUCAAGAUUGUCACAUCACCAUACACCAUCCACUUCAAGAAAACACCCAAAUAUUUCAAACCAGGAAUGUCCUUUGAUGCAGUGGUUGAAGUCCUGAAUCCUGACGACACUCCUGCACAGGGUGUUGAAGUGGUGAUCAAUCCAGGUCGGGUACAAAGUCGCACUGCAGCCAAUGGCGUGGCAAGGGUUACUAUCAAUACAGCGGCCAGGACUGACACACUGACAAUCACUGCAAAGACCAGUGAUCCUCUUAUUUCAAGUGAAAGACAAACAUCAGCCACCAUGCUGGCUCUCCCAUAUAUCACUAAAAGCAACAGCUACAUCCACAUAGUUGUGGACACCGUUGAGGUGGAAUUAGGACAAAACCUUAGAAUCUAUGGCUUCCUCAACAGGCAAGAAAAUUCACAAAGUGACGUCACAUACCUGAUCCUGAGCAGAGGUCAACUGGUGAAAUAUGGCCGAUACAAGACAAGAGGCCAAGUACUGAUUUCUCUGACAAUCCCCAUAACCAAAGAAAUGCUGCCAUCAUUCCGCAUCGUAGCCUACUACCAUACAAAUGACAAUGAAGUGGUAGCAGACUCUGUUUGGGUGGAUGUCAAGGACUCCUGCAUGGGAUCGCUGAAGUUGGAAUCAGCCAGACAUGUUCCAUCAUAUGAGCCUCGCAAGAUUUUUGGUCUGAAGGUCACUGGAGACCCAGGAGCCACAGUGGGACUGGUGGCAGUUGACAAAGGCGUCUACGUCCUAAACAACAAGCACCGCCUGACGCAGAAAAAGGUGUGGGACAUUACAGAGAAGUUCGACACAGGCUGCACACCAGGUGGAGGGAAGGACAGUAUGAAUGUGUUCUACGAUGCUGGGCUGUUGUUCCAGUCCAGCACAGCUUCUGGGACUCCCUACAGACAAGAUCUAAAGUGUCCAGCUCCCAGCCGGAGGAAACGAGACAUCACUACCAGCCUGGGUGACACGGAUGACAGUUACAUGGACAGCAAUGAAAUUACUUCUCGCACCCACUUCCCUGACAGUUGGCUGUGGUCAGAUAUCCAACUGCCUUCUUGUCCUGUCAGGAAUCCUAACUGUGACACCACAUCAUUUGUGAAAUAUUUUCCUUUGCAAGAGUCGAUGACCACCUGGCAGAUCACUGGCAUUAGUCUGUCAAGAACUCACGGUAUCUGUGUGGCUGAUCCAUUAGAAGUCAUUGUUCGAAAGGAGUUCUUCAUUGAUCUCAGACUGCCGUACUCUGCUGUCCACGGAGAGCAGCUGGAAAUUAAGGCUAUCCUCCAUAACUACAGCCCAGAUCCUAUCACUGUCCGUGUGGAUCUGCUUGAGGAGGAGCAUGUGUGCAGUGCAGCUUCCAGGCGUGGGAAAUAUCGUCAGGAGGUUAAAGUUGGGCCUCAGACUACACGAUCGGUACCCUUCAUCAUUAUUCCCAUGAAGGAAGGACACUUUCGAGUUGAAGUCAAAGCAGCUAUUAAAGACUCAGUACUCAGUGAUGGGGUCAUGAAGAUGCUGCGGGUGCUGCCUGCAGGCGUACUGACAAAAUCCAUAAUGAUUCUAACACUAGACCCUACUAACAAAGGUGUUGGCGGCCAGCAGCAGGAAAUUAUCAACAGUGGAAUUCCUCUGAAGGAUUUGUUGCCAAACACACCUGUAAAGACAAUAAUCUCUUUGACAGGAAGAGAGCAGGUAAGUCCAGUAGUGGAGAACGUCAUUAGUGGGAAAUCUAUGGAUAGUCUGAUCCGCCAGCCCUCAGGCACUGGAGACACAAACGUGGCCCUCAUGACCCUGCCUGUCAUUGCAACCAUCUAUUUGGACAAAACCAACCAGUGGGAAACUGUGGGCUUUGAGAGGCGCAACGACGCCCUCCAGUACAUCAAGACGGGCUAUCGCAAUGAGCUUGCCUUCCGUAAAAAUGAUGGGUCUUUUGCUGUAUUUUCCUCUCACCAAAGUAGCACCUGGCUGACAGCCUAUGUUGCCAAGGUGUUUUCCAUGGCCAACAGUCUGGUGUCAAUACAAGACAGCGUCAUCUGUGACGCCAUCAAGUUUCUGAUUCGCAACGCACAGCAAUCUGACGGCAUGUUCAGAGAAGUUGGAAGGGUGUUUAAUGUAGAGAUGACGGGUGAUGUACGCGGCACAGAUUCAGACGCCUCCAUGACAGCCUUCUGCCUCAUUGCCAUGCAGGAGUCACGCACACUAUGUGCUGCCACUGUUAAUAGUCUGCAAAGCGGCGUAGACAAAGCAGUGUCCUACCUGGAGACACGUCUGCCUCACCUCACCAACCCUUAUGCUGUUACAAUGACAUCAUAUGCCCUGGCCAAUGAAAACAAACUGAACCAGGAGAUCCUCUACAAGUUUGCCUCCCCAGCGUUAUCCCACUGGCCUUCACCCAAAGGACAUGUUUAUACACUGGAGGCCACAGCUUAUGCUCUUCUUGCUCUGGUCAAGGCAAAGGCCUUUGAAGAAGCCAGACAUGUUGUCAGAUGGUUCACCCAGCAGCAGAGGGUCGGCGGAGGCUUUGGAUCCACUCAGGCCACCAUAAUGGUGUAUCAGGCUGUAGCUGAGUACUGGGCCACUGCUAAAGAACCAGAAUAUGAUCUGAAUGUGGACAUUUUGAUACCUGGCAGGUCAAUACCUUACAAGUACAACUUUAACAGGGAAAACCACUAUGCCACAAGAACGUCUAAAUUCAGCGAUAUAAAUAAGGACGUGAAGGUAACUGCCACAGGAACUGGAGAAGCAAUGAUGAAAAUGGUGUCGAUGUAUUACACGCUACCUCAAGAGAAAGAAAGUGACUGUCAGAAGUUUAACUUGUCAGUCAAGCUCCUCCCAGAGACAUUUAAUGAAGAUGAGAAGAUUUUCAUGCUGAGAAUAGAGAUUUUAUAUAAGGACAAGGAGCGCGAUGCAACCAUGUCAGUCUUGGAUAUUGGCUUGUUAACUGGAUUCACGGUGAACACAAAUGACCUGGACUUAUUGGCCAGAGGACGAGCCCGAGUGAUUUCAAAAUAUGAGAUGAACACAGUCCUGUCAGAGAGAGGCUCCCUCAUCAUCUACCUGGAUAAGGUUUCUCACACACGACCAGAAGAAAUCACAUUUAGGGUCCAUCAGAAGCUGAAAGUGGGCGUCUUACAACCAGCUGCUGUGUCAGUCUAUGAAUACUAUGACCAGUCACACUGUGUGAAAUUCUACCACCCAGAGAGAACAAGUGGGGAGCUACUGAGGCUCUGCAGAAAUGAUGAAUGCACAUGUGCUGAAGAGAACUGUAGUAUGCAGAAAAUGGGCAAAAUCAACAAUGAUGAGCGCACAGCUAAGGCUAAUGAGGUCACACCGAAUGGCCGGAUAGAUUUUGUGUACAAAAUCAGAGUGGAAAAUUUUACAAACGCUUUGUCCACUGACAUUUACACAGUGCGGAUAGUUGAAGUCAUCAAGGAAGGUGGGUAUCAAUCUCCUCCACCUGGUAUGUGGUUAAUGAUGUUCACCUGUAUUCUCAUCUAUUUACUGUAUAUUUUUAUUUCAGGAAGUUAUGAUGUGAGUCUUCUGGGCAAACUCUGCAGUUUGCUAAGUUUUGCGCACUGCAGAGCAGCUUUAAAUCUGAGAGGAGACAAAACCUACCUCAUCAUGGGAUCAUCCAAAGAAAUUCACAAAGACAAACAGACACAAACGUAUCAGUAUGUACUCGGUGAGAGAACCUGGAUCGAGUACUGGCCCACAGAAGCAGAGUGUCAGACUGAGGAACACAGACCUACCUGUUUGGGCUUGGAGGAGCUGGUCCAGAGGUACUCACUCUUUGGAUGUCACCAUUAAUUAAAAGGUACCAGUAUAUGCUCAGUGAGAGAACCUGGAUCAAGUACUGGCCCACAGAAGCAGAGUGUCAGACUGAGGAACACAGACUUAUUUGUUUUGGCAUGGAGGAGCUGGUCAAGCAAACACUGUUUGAUUGUCUGCAUGCAUGAAACUGAAGAAAGCAAAAUGCUGUCUUAAAUUACUUUUAUUUGACAUUAUUCCUGUUGUUUAAAACUUAGAUUGCAGUGAGAUAUGGAUGCAGAACAUUGCAAUACAUUGUAUUGAUUAAAAUGUUUGAUCUGUGUCUUAUAAUGAAGUCUGCAUCUGGCAGGUGGAAAACAGUUUUGUGUGUCUAGUUUUGUUAGCAUUUAAACGUAUAAAUAUUGACAGCGGAGGUUACAAGUGUCACAUGAUAUGAUCCUGUCAAAGUACAUUUCUACCAUGUCAGGCACGAGAGAGCUUCAAUUUUAUUUUCACAUCAUCCAAAAUGUGUUAAUGUUGUCUGUGUGGUUUUCUUCUAUGAGAGUUCCAAGUCAGAUCCAAAUAAAUCCUAACUGGACAAAUGUGUCAUAAAAAA